CCCUAAUUCCUAAUUUCCGUCGACUUCUCCGAUCACCGCUAACCCUAACCCUAAUUUGAAGAAAAUGGGAAAGAGCAGUAGAAGCAGCAGUAGCAAGAGGAGGAAGAAGAAGAGCUUGGAUACCAGCAGCAGCUCCUUCUCUUCGUCAUCGCCAUCAUCAUCAUCAGAGAGCGAGAGCUCCGAUCGACGGAGGAGGAGAAAGCGAAAACAGAGGUCGAGCAGUAGGCAUCGAGACAUCAGCAAGAAAAGCAACAGAAUAAGCUCAAGAAGCGAGGAGAAAAGGCGAAAGAGGAGAAAGCACAGGCCCGAUGACGACGAGUCUGAGUCUGAGACCGAGCUUGAUCGUAAUCAAGCCCAAACCCUAGCAAAAUCCAUUCUUGAUAUGUUCCCAAACAUCGCCAACGAUCUUGAACAGAUUCUCCAAAUGAUUGAUAGCGGGCAAGGUGUUGAUGUGAGUGGAAUUCCUGAUGAAUCAUUGGUUAAACAACUGAAGAAGCUUUUCGUUUUGUUGAAGCUUAAGCGAAAUGAAAGUGGGGUCUUUCUGCUGCCUGAACUUGGUCAUUGUACCUUAGACAUUAUUGGGCCAAUAUUAUGCUCACAUCUGAAAGCAAGAGAUGAGGAUUUGCCCAAUUCCAGUUCACCAAUUAGAGAGCAAUCCUCAAAAUCUGAGAGAGAGAGCGUGAAGAAUGAAGUUGACGCUGAUGUUGCGAGAGUGCCAGAAUCACUUCCUAAGAAUGAGUCUCCAACUCCUCCUAGAAGAAGGGUAAUUGGACCGGAGAUGCCAUCUCGGGAGUUAUUAGCUGCAGCUGCUGAAUUGACUGAUGCAGAGAACUUGCUCAGGGAAGCUGACAUGGAAGAUGAAUUGCUUAUAGGUCCUCCUCCACCUGCGGUGGUUGCUGAAGCUGAAUCAGCCAAUGAAGCAGAGCGUUUUGAGGAGGUGGCUCGAAUUGCUGAUGCUGAGGUUGAAAAACCAUAUGAUAUACUGGGUGUGAAUUGGAAAAUGUCAUCUGAUAACAUCAAGAAAAGGUAUUGGAAGCUAUCUCUUCUGGUGCAUCCGGACAAAUGCUCUCACCCACAAGCACAGCAAGCUUUUGUGAAGUUAAACCAAGCUUUUAAAGAUCUGCAAGAUUCAACCAAGAGAGAAGCGAUUGACGAGAAGAUUAAACUUAAGGAAGAACAAGAAAAGUUUAAGAUUGAGCUGCAAGAACUUCGUGAAGCUGCACAAUGGAGACGAUUGCAAGGCAUAUCCAUGGAGGGUGAUGAGGAACUUCUUGCCCUCACAAAAGAGCCACCAAAAAGAGAUGAAUGGAUGACGACAUUGCCACCUGAAAGGAAACCGGGGGUGACCAUGCAAUCAAGAGCAUUUAGUAAAACCGCGAAAGGACGAGGAGAUACUAGCGUAUGGACUGACAGUCCCCUUGAUAGAGUGGAAAAAGCAAAGCAAAAUUAUUUGGAGGCCUACGACAGAACAAAAGCUCUUGCAGAAGCAGAUGAUACAAAAAAGAGUGCAGAUGCUGAUCUAGUCGACAAAUACAACUCUGCAAAACGUUCAAAAACUCUGGUGCAAAAACACCAAGAAGAAAAGAGCUCAAGACGUGUUAAGAAGAAAUCCAAGCAACCAGCGGUGGGUCAACACCCUUGGAAACCUUGGGAUCGAGAAAACGAUCUGACUGCAGGCAGAAAGCCAGUCAAUUUAGAUUCUAAGGGAAUGACUGAAGGUUUGUCUUCGCGGUUCUCUUCAGGAAAUGUGCAGAGAAAUUUCCUGUAAGCAGGGUAGUCGCUGUUCAAAUAUCUUCUCUAUGCAGCCUACUGUUAUAGAAAUGCACGGUUAUCGGUGCACAUACCAGCUUAUAUCACAUCAUGGUGGUGAAAUUCGCGGUUCGGUAUUUCUGUACGACCAUGUACUAUUCGAGUAAAAGCACAGAGUGUUUCAUAUGCAGAAUCGCUGAGAAAAGACAGAACCAAGAGAACUGUUUAAGUCGUAUUCCCUACAGCUUCAGAUGAAAUUACAUGAUCUUAAUGUCUGCUCCUUGUAUGUGUGAAGCAGUAGCAAAGGGGCCUGAUUCAGUGAUAAUGCCCAAUUUUCGUUCUUCCAGCAACAGAGGAGCCUACCAAUUGAGGAAAAUGUAAGCAGAAAUUACUGAGUGUGAACUUCAGAAGUGGGAAAACUGGCGCUUUAACAUGUACCAAACAAGAGCAUUUAUUAAAGUUCCUGCCAAAUAAAUUAUAGGGUGCUGAACUGCUGAUCAUUAUUGUAAGGAUGAUUAUGAGGUACAAAAUAUGUUGGCUACGUUAGGGUUGCCUUUAUAUCCAUAUUUGACUAUGAGAGAGAGGAUAAGGGGUUGUUUGAUGGAUGCUAAGCGUUUAUAGGAGGUUAUAAGACAGCUAUCAGGAUUAUCCUUUUAUCAACCAAGUAAUUGUUUUGUUACCUUCUCACUCUUAUUCAUUAUGGGCAUUUGACAAGAGGUGGCAAGUCUUGUGAAAUAUAGCUAUAAGAAUCAUAUAUUUUGUUGA